AUGCUUACCACAUAUCCUAACCGACAUCAGUGUCCUCAUCAAAAGAAGCGAGUGAUACCCUGGGGACCCUGCGUUGUUUCUGAGUACAAUGCUAAUUUCAGAGCCCAUUCUGCAUGUCCAAUUAGACCCGUUAAGCCAGCAACGGUGGUACUACGCUCCGAUGAGCCAAUGUCGGACAGAACCACGCAUCGUGAGGACUAUGUCCCCAAGGCGUUCGAACGACGUCAAGGUCGUCCAAAAGAGACAUACAAGCCUCCAACGACAGCUUUUGAUCAUGACACCAACUAUCGUCUCACUUAUACACCGAAAGAGGUUUGUCCACCUGAACCCUGUUUACCUCCACCUGUUUUUGGGUGCCCUGCUAAAUUUGAUGGCAAUCCUACUUACAGGAGCGAUUACAGACCAUGGAGUGUACCUCCGCGUGAACGACGAAAAAUUGACACAUACAAACCACCUGCCGCACCCUUCGAUGGCCUAUCAACUUCAAGAGCGGACUACGUACCCAAGGGUAAUUGCAAAAGGCCUUCUUUGAAGCCAGUUAUGAAACUCUUUCAAACUGAUCAACCUCUUGACGGUGAUACCAACUAUAGAACAGACUAUGUUCCCCACCCUUUUGAACCCAGAGAACGUUCUAAAAAGGAACAUCAAGUUAAAACAACUGCGCCUUUUGAAGGCCUAACUACUCACAGGGUUGAUUAUACACCAAAGGACGUCUGCUUUCAAAGGCCUCACAAGCCAACUGAUGUUCUUAUUCGCAGCGACGAACCAAUGAGUGGCGAUACAACAAAUCGUGUUGACUAUAUUCCACAUCAAUUGCAACCACAACGCAAAAACCGUCCAAGUGACGAAUAUAGGGUGCCUGAUAUACCCAUGGAGAAAGGAACCACUUAUAAGAUUGAUUAUCCUGCUUUGCCCAUAUGUAGACCAGAGCCAGUCACUCUCACUGAAUGUCCGAAGUGUCCAGCACCUUUCGACGGGAAAACUAUGUACAAGACCGAUUACAAACCUUGGGAUGUGCGUAGACAUGUGGUCAAGCCGGUUACUUCUUACACACCUCCUAAUGUUCCAAUGGAAACACUCUCAACAAACAGAGCGGAUUAUGUGCCGAAGCAGGCAUGUCCGGCCCCCUCAGCCAAACCAUCUGCCAAACCCUUUGUCAGUGGUGACUUUGAUGCAAAGACAAACUAUAUGACCGAUUACACGCCUAAGAAAAUUGACUGGCAUUGCCCUGCAGCUUAUUUGAAUAAAGAUGCGAUUAGUCGUGAUGGCUAUGCAUUUGAGGCUACCGACGCUUGCGGACAUGAGCACUACAAAAUGGUUGGAAACUCCACAGAAGUCUAA